AUGUCCGCCUCUUCUUCAACCCCGGUGUCGGGUGGACUCCCUCUCAGAUCUGCGAUGAAGGCCGAGGACGAUGGCGAACGGACCCCGCCCCUGAAAGCGGUGCAGAUAGCUGAGCCAGAACUAGAGGCUCCAGAAGAAAUAUCUCAUAGGAAGCAGUUCUCUGCAGGUCUUGCCAAGCGGCUCAGCGGACGUCCGCCGAUAGUGGGUGCUAACUCUUCUAGGACCUCAACUCUGAGCCAAGGUAGCAUCGAGACUCUGAGUAGUCUCGCGGGCACCCAACAACCGUCUCAGACACCUUCAGACGCUGAAUCGUCUCAGCCGCAACACCGCCAUCGUCUGGAUCACCUGAGCGAACGGCUCGUCUCCCAGAUUGCUGAGUGGCUUGAACAUGAGCGAGCAAAGAAGCAAAAUAGGAAGUCAAGGAGAGUCUACCAUGGCCGACGAAAGUCGCCGCCUACUGAGCCAGGGGCGGCUGCCUCAUCAGUGGAAGGCGCGCCUUCGUCAGAUCACCACAGUAAACACCAUAGGUCUUACUCCAUUGACUCCGAGUCCAGUGAAGUCUCCCUUGAUCGGCUACAGCGGAUCAUUGAUGAUAGUAUGAGCGCCUUGGGACUUCAUGGCAUCCCACAUUACAACCAGCGCCAUCAUACCAAGAAGUCGCAAAAGAAGCGCUCGCUUUUCCAUUUGCAUCGUGCUGCAUCCUCGGACACAGAAUAUCAUGAUGGAGACGUUCUUGUUCCUGGGUGUGAUGCUUGGUUGGACAACUCGAAAACCAUGAGCUAUUCGGGGGGUAAAGCCGGUGAAACAGAUGAUGCAUCGUCAAUCUCAAGCCGUCAGGAGAAGAAGGAGCAGAAAGCCUGGACGGUUUUCAAGAACGAUAUCAUCCGCAUCGCUCACACCUUGAGAGUCAAGGGCUGGAGAAGUGUGCCGUUGGGUCAUGGCGACAGCAUUGACGUGGAACGGCUGAGCGGCGCGCUGACAAAUGCCGUUUAUGUUGUUUCACCUCCAAAAGACGCAGCCAACUCUCGCGAGCCAGGCAAGAAAGCCCCAGCGAAGCUACUCCUCCGGGUGUACGGACCGCAGGUCGAGAACAUCAUCGACCGAGACAAUGAACUGAGCGUGCUGCGCCGCCUAGCGCGAAAGAAGAUUGGACCACGCCUUCUGGGAACCUUCGAAAAUGGUCGCUUUGAGGAGUUCUUCAACGCUAUUACCUUGACACCCGCUCAUCUGCGGGAGCCAGACACGUCCAAGAAGAUCGCGAAGCGCAUGAGGGAACUGCAUGACGGCAUCGAGCUCUUGGACGAAGAGAAAGACGCUGGGCCUAGCGUUUUCAAGAAUUGGGAUCAUUGGCUUGAAAACGUCGAAAGGAUCGCCACGUUCCUGGAUGCAAAGGUAUUAUCUGGUGAGACGGGCCCUAUCAAAGGCAGCGCAGAUGUAUGGAAAACAAGGGGUCUUAUAUGUGGCGUUGAAUUUGCCAAAUUUAAGGCGACUGUCGAGAAGUAUCGCCACUGGUUGGAAGAUCAAUACGGUGGACCCGAAGGCUUGAGGGAACAGCUGGUGUUUGCCCAUAAUGACACCCAAUAUGGCAACAUUCUCCGCCUUCAGCCUGAUGACCAGAAGUCGCCGCUCAUGCACCCUCAGAACGAGCAUAAGCAACUCAUUGUCAUCGACUUUGAAUAUGCCGGUGCAAACGUUCGAGGACAUGAGUUUGCGAACCACUUCACGGAAUGGACCUACAACUACCACGAUGCAACUGCACCUCAUGCAUGCAACAUCUCGGCAUACCCUACGAUUGAGGAACAACGUCGUUUCAUCAAAUCAUACGUUGACCAUCGGCCACAAUAUCUCCACGCCGGGUCUACACCAAACCUCACCCCGCUCGAUACUCCCACUGACCUGCCCGGCACUGGCUCAACAAGUUCGAUAGUGGAUUUCAUGCUUGAUGCCAGAGUGCCCUCCGGAGGAUGGAAGGAGGACGAAAGGCGACGCGAGGAACAGACUGAGAAGGAGAUAGAGUCAUUGAUGCAAGAGACUCGCAUUUGGCGCGUAGCCAAUAGCGCGCAAUGGAUCGCUUGGGGGCUUAUGCAAGCCAACGUUCCUGGACUUGAUAAGAAAGAUUCAGAGGAUGAGCCGGCAGUCGAGGCUACACAGUCGGCUGGUAUCGCCGCUCCUGAGGGUGAAGAAGGUGCUGCAGAUGAGUUUGACUACCUGGGAUACACCCAUGAACGAGCGCUCUUCUUCUGGGGUGACUGCGUACAGAUGGGCUUCGUCAAGCUCGAGGAACUGCCGGAAGAGUUGAGAUUGAAGAUCAAGAUUCUGAAGGAGUAG